AUGGCUGUAGAAGUGUUGCAGACUUCGAGCGAAUUAGUGCAGGCCAUCUUCGCCGGAAACCAUGACCAGUGCGUUCGUUUGAUAAAUCCUGAAUCAGCAAAUCAGCAAGAUCUUAUGAAACGCAGCAUUCUUCAUGCUGCUGCGCACUGUGGAGAAUCUCAUAUCACCGAAUUGUUACUACGUGAGGGGGCUCGUGUCAACGCGAAAGAUGCACGCUGGCUCACUCCGCUUCACAGAGCAUGCGCUACAAAUGCAGCUGAGGUUGUCAAGCUCCUUUUAGCCCGUGGCGCCGAUCGGAACGCUCGGGACAGGAAUUGGCAAACACCACUACACGUUGCUGCAUCAAACGGCAGUCUGGAGUGUGUGCAGCUUUUGUUGGUUCCCUCCGAUCCCAUAACGACCAAUGUGAACGCCUCAGAUCGAACGGGACAUUCCGCUUUGCACCAUGCGGUAUGCGGCGGUCAUCUUGAGGUUGUUCGGCUAUUACUGCUGAAAGGUGCCUCUGUCAGCGCUUUCGAUAAAAGAGAUCGCAGGGCGAUGCAUUGGGCUGCCUCGAGUGGUCAGGUUAUGAUUGUGGAACUGCUACAUGAAUUUGGCGCCGAGAUCAACUGUCGCGACGCUGACCUGUUCACUCCGCUUCAUGUUGCUGCAGCUUUAGGCCACGCACCUGUGGUCAAAUGUUUAAUUGAAUUGGGCGCUGAAUUGGAUUCACUUACUGCCCGAGGCAACACUCCACUUCACAUUGCUUGUCUCAAUGGUCAGGAUGAGGUUGUAGAACUCUUGUUGGAACACAUUGGGAAAGCAGCCGUUCACAGUUCUUGCGCUAUCGGUCAUGUGUCUGCGGUAGCUGAUGGGGAUAUUGCAACCGCAACUAAAGCAAAUGAAUCACUGGAUCAAGGCACCAUCAAGGCGAAUGCGAUUGCGGCCGCAGUGAAUAAAGCCAGCACAAUGGACCAGCUUACUCCAAUUCACUUGGCUGUACUCACUUCCAACGGGGCCCAAUGCCUGAUAUCGUUGCUGAAUGCGUGUUCAGCACAGUCUGCAGUAGCAGGUGACAAUUGUGAACCCGUCGAGUCGACGCUACACACUCUGGCAAUUGUCGAUGCUCCUGGCGGUGAGAACGGCAGCCACCCCAUCCAUCUCGCCGCACUGCACGGCAGAUUCGACUGUGCGGAACUUUUACUGAAGCAUGGUGCCGCAUCAGACGUCCACGACCAUCUGGGGGACUCACCAUUACACAUUGCUGCUGAACGAGGUCACGAGUCCUUCAUUGUCGGUUUGUCUCGAACCGGUUGUCGUUGGGAUAUUCGCGAUCGAAACGGAGCCACUGCCCUACAUCGAGCCGCUCUAUCCGGAAAUCAUAUAUGUUUGUUCAGGCUAAUUUGUAUGGCUUUGGCUGAUGUGAUUCGUGUCGACGAAGUCGGUUCCAAUUCUACUACUCCAAGUGAUCAGCAAGUGGGACAAGACCGAGAUAACCUUGUCGACGUUGUGAACUUCGAAGACGACCCAGUCGUCCACUCUCGCUUGCAUGAGGUCAUGCGACUGCGGGACGACCAUGGCCGCACUCUUGUUCACGAUGCUGCUUUGGGCGCCAACUUGGAUUGUCUCAAGCUGGUCCUGCUCUCGGGAGGUGAUCCAUUUGCUGCGGACUACUCGGGCCGUACCCCAUUGCAUUAUACGGUUGCUUCGUGCGUUUUCGCGACGCACACACCGAACGCUGUUCUCAGGGCAACUCUGUCUUCUUUGAUUCUGCUUAAACUGGGCGUGGAAGUAAAUGUUUCCGACAAGUACGGUUGCACCCCAUUACACUUGGCCUGCGCUUACGACACAUCUGGUGCAUUGGUUAGGCACCUCAUCCACUACGGUGCUGAUGUGUUCCGACUGACCGGUUGGCCUUCCGUGAUAAGCAACAUGGACACUCCGAUACCAUCAGAUGCCGCCGCCACCGAGCAACAGAUCGACCAACAGCGUCCUUUGGACGAACCCUCCUACUCGCCCCUCCAUAUCGCGGUCAAUGUGCUCAAUAUUCCAGCCGUCAAGCUGCUUUUGGAAACGUGCCCAAAUCAUCUGUUACGUCAGUUUGUGCUUGGGAGUAGAAUCCGCCCAACUGACUCACCGCCAACGGCAGGGCGCUGUGACUAUCAACCAAAACUCACCUUAGACAACCAUAGGGACACUGCGUCCAAGGGCGCGCCGUCUCCGUUCCUGUUGGCCGCUUUUCGUGGCAAUGUGUCGAUUAUGCGGAUGUUACUGGACGCGUGGAAAACCUCCACAUCUUCGAUCUGUGCGGAUGAUCCACCUCUAUCGCAUCGCAACGUCAACGUGAACCCAAGCCAGUCCGUUUCACUUCCUGCACAGGUUGUCGACGCGUCAGGACAUUCGGCACUUCACCUGGCCUGCUAUGCAGGUCAUGUGGAUAUCUGUCGACUUCUAUUGAAGGAUGCAUCCCAUAUUGGGACCGUAAUUGAUGCGAAAGACUCGGUCUAUCAGUGGCACGCGUUACAUCAUGCCGCUGCUCAGGGUCAUUAUGACGUGGCUGCCUUACUGUUGGAGCACACCCAUGACAUGGAUCAGCCCCCCAGCGCCCCUGGCUUCAAUACAACAACUGGUGGCUGCAACAUUCGACACAACCGAGAUGAACACGGCCGUACCGCCCUUAUGUUGGCCGCUCAAAACGACCACCCCGCCGUACUUCGGUUGCUUCUUUCCGAUUGCACGGCGGGUGGGUCAAAACUUGACAAUGCGACGCUAGCCGUCUCGUAUGGUAUGAAUCUCCAGGACUUCUAUGGUCGUACCGCGCUUCACCGUGCUGUGGCGAACGGGCAUGUGGAAUGCGUCAAAGUGCUACUAGCGUGCAAUGUGGACCACGGUAUCCUCGACUUCCGUCGGCGGCACGUGCUCCACAUGGCCGCCUCUUCCGGCAAAGUUGCAACACUCACACUGUUGCUUAACCAUUUGACUCGUGUCUGCAAGGAGAACGGCAAGGACCCAUACAGCCAAGUGUCACGUGAUAUGCUUUGUCCGCUGGACCAGUACGGGUUCACUCCACUUCACUUUGCUGCGUAUCGGGGACACUUGGAUUGCAUUCAAUGUCUGCUCAAUUUCGCUUGCUACGAGGACCUCAGGGGUAACCUGUACACGCCACUUCAUUGUGCAGCUCAAAAUGGUCACUCCAGUUGUUUGCAACUACUACUCGGUCAGUUUGGUCUAAAGAAUCUUUCCACAGUGGAUUCAUGCGGUCGAACCGUAUUGCAUAUUGCUGCAAUGCGUAAUCAGGUUACUUGUGUAGAUGAGGUUCUUCGUUAUGCUGAGUUCUGUUCAUCUACACUAGCCCAAGAGUGCCAGGAUUCUUCAGUAAUGCGCUCUCGCUUACUGCACAUUGGCUCCUUUGUGACCCGGUGCGACAACGCUGGCCGAACAGCUCUCAUGCUUGCAGCCAGCACCGGUCACGACGGAUGUGUGCAGCUUCUGUUACGCAUGCACUCUCGAUUGACCAACGAACUGAGUGGCCUGGUGCACCAUGACGGACCGGUAGAAGAUUCGAAUGAGGUAGCAUGCAUUUUGAAUAGAUUGGCAAUCACUUUCACAGAUUCGAACGGCCAAUCCGCCUUGCACCACGCAUGUGCUGCAUCGAACGGUCUGGCGGCUUUGGCUAUCCUGGACAACAACGUUCAAGAUGCAGAGAUGCUGUCACAGCGCGACCGAUCAGAACGUACUGCACUUCAUUUGGCCAUUUCAUCCGGUCUGGUGAUUGCCACUGAGGCUUUGAUUAAUCGUGGCGCCGAUCUGUAUGCCAUGGACACGGAUGGUCUCAUCCCAGCUUUUGCGGCUGCAUCUUCCAUUCGUGUACGUCUUGCUUUCUUUUGA